AUGGAUAAACCACUACGAGCUUGGACUGCUCAAACAUGGCAUUCCUUCAUCAACUUUCUCGAACCCUCAUCUUUGUUUUACAUUGCACUGCUGUCUUCUCUAGCUGCUACUAUGAUCCUAUGGUAUGGCUUCUCUCCUAUCCUCGUCUCAAUCCCAGUCCUGCUUCUCUCCACCAUCUUCAUUUCAUCAAUAUUCUCAAAGAGGAAAGUUGUCACUGCUGCUGCUGUUGAAGAAGAAGAAGAAGAAGCUAAGGAGAGACCGAGUGAGGGUUCGGAAACUAUGGUUGCUGCUGUUGUUCCAGAGUUGUGCGUGGCAGAGAAGACUGACAAUGAAGCUUGUGAGUUGCAUGUGUAUCAAGUGGAUUCGACGGAGUUCCCAUCAGAUGAUGAAAGCAGUAGCGAUGACUCUUUAAGGAGUGAGAUUUUUGAACUCAAAUGGAUGAAGCCCUUCAACAACAAUGUUGGUCUGAUGAAUCCAUUCUGUGAAAGCUCUGCUUCUGAUUACGAUGAAGUGGAAGAUGAUGAUGAUCUCAUUGAGAUAAGUCUUCCUCCAAAUGAGAGCUCUGUUUAUGUCGAUGAAGUGUCAUCCAUAGGAAUGCUGUCGUGGGGAAAGUCGGGUUUCUCGAAUGAAUUCGUCAUUAGAGAAGAAGAAGAAGAAGAAGAAGAAGAAGAAGAAGAAGAAGAAGGGAUGAUGGAGGUGGUGGAAGAGAUUGAUGAGGUGAAUGAAGAAGAUAACUUGAUUGAGAUUGACCUCUCAAUUGGGUCCAUAAAGUUUCCCAGCUUUGACAUGGAAGGCUGA